AUGAAAAUUGGAUUACAGCAAAGAUUCACAAUAUGCAAUCUCAUUGCAUCCAUUCUAUUUUUGAUUUUUGGACUUACUUAACAUAUCAAUACAUUAGAUUCUGGGCUAUUUAUUGUUGUGGAUCUCAUAUUUUCUUUAACUUUUUUAUUGUUAGACUGCAAAUAAAAGUUUAUUUGUUUAACAGGAGAUUAUUAUUUGGCUUUAACUCAAUUGGUUAUGCAGAUAGUGUAAGUUGAAAUGACUAUAAUCACUCAAUAGAAGGGAAUUUUCAUAUUUAUAGUACUUAAACUUUUGGCCCUAACUAAGGUUCUCAGAGUAUAAAUGCUACAGAAAUUGAUAUACUUUAUAGUGCUCACCUAUUCGAUCAUAAGAUUCAAUGAGUAUUCGUAUCCCAUAUCUUAUUUAGGAUUGAUCUUUACCCCAAUUCUGAUAUUACAAGAAUAAAGUGAUGAAAGUGAUCUUUUGCGGCUGUUUAAAGAGAUCUUGCCAUUGCCUUUGUUAGUAAUAGAUAAAUCAUCUCGGAAACCUAUAUAUCACACUAAGGCUUUGGAAAAUGAAUACAAAUACAAUACAACUCACUCAGAAGAGUUCAUUGAAUGUUUGAAUCACUUUUUUUCAGACAACAAACUUACACUCUAAAAUUUAUUUGAUAAUUCAAAAGACUCCUUAUACAAUCCACAGAAUAGAUUUAGAUCCAUAUUUACAGAAAUUAUGGAUAAUUGUUAAUAUUUAGCCUCAAGUCCCUUGUUUCAGGAGUUCAGAAAUAUAGGGGAAGUUAACAAUGAUAUUGAGGACUAAAUGGAAGAACAAAAAAAAUAGGAAUUCGAUCAACAUCCUGAAAUCAUGAUUGAAACUCCUAAGUAUCAAUAGUUUAAUAGAAUUCCUAUCUAACUAAGUGAGGAAUCUCCAAAAAAUAAAAAAUCUAAAAUUAUGGAAGAGUUGCUAAUACAAAGCCAAAGUUUAAAGCAUAAAUGUGUAAGUGAAUUGAAGAAGAAAAGGUUGAAGUUAUUUUUCAAUCAUUGUUUUUGGAAUAAGAACGAAGCUUUUCUUUUGAUAUUUUAAAAUAAGGAAAUCGAAAAGUCAUUAACUUAAAUACAAUAACAAUUAUCAGAGUAGAAAUAGAUAUGUGAAAAUAAAGAUUUGAUUCUUGCAAGUGUUUUUCAUGAUUUCAAAACACCCAUUAAUGGAAUAGUGACAAUCUUAGAAACAUUGGAAAGUAAGCAGGAUUUAAAUCCGGAAGAGAAAUACUUUCUGAGCAUCAUUAGGAAGAAUGUUUAUCUUAUGCUAUAUAUGAUCUAUGAUAUAUAGGAUUAUGCAAGAAUAGAAAAAAAUCAACUUAGAUUGUGUCCCAGUGAUUUUUAUAUAAAUGAAUUGAUUGAUGAGGUCAUUGAGACCAUAGCUAUUUCAGCAGAAUAAAAAGGAGUGGAAAUUAAAACCUGUUAUGACAUUCCUUUUUAUUAGGUGCAUUCUGAUCCGAAUAGAAUCAAAUAAAUUAUCAUGAAUAUUAUAUCGAAUUCUUUGAAAUUCACAGAAAAAGGCAGUAUUACGAUCACUGUCUAAUCUCUGAAUACAGAUAAAUCUUUAAAUAUAAAGAGAAACAAUUCCUCCAAAAACAUUAGUUUUUAGAAUUCCAAUCAAUCAAUUUCUUAGAUUCGAAAGUCUCUUUAAGGCAGACAUCCUAGUAUUGCAUUUAACAAACUUGUAUAUACAAUCUCAAUUGAAGAUACAGGUUGUGGAAUUGCAGAUUCGGUGAAACCAAAAUUAUUCAAUUUGUUUGCUACUUUCUCAUCGUAAAAAAUAGAAAAUAAGAAUGGCACUGGAAUAGGUCUGAUGGUCUGUAAGAAACUUGUAAGUUUGUUGGGACCGUCGGAUACAAUUGAUUUGUAGAGUGAAGUAAAUGUAGGUACCAAAAUGACAUUUUAGAUUUAUGCUAAAUUGUAAGAUAAUCCAAAUAGAACACAAAAUUACGUUAGUUGUUUUAAAUAAGAAAACAGUUCUUAACAUUUAAGUAAUUUUCAGAAUGAGGAAUCUCCAUAUUCAAAGGAUAAGCCCUAUCAACAAUCCUUAUUUGUUAGAUCAUCCUAUGUUAGACUAUAUACAAAACCCUUAGAGAAGGCAGAAACAGAGAUGUAUGAACCGUCGUUAGAAGAUGCUGAUCACACAAAAUCAAAGAAUAUUUUGCAAUUGUAAUCAUUAAGUUAGAAAACUUCAUUAUAGAGGUGUUUACAAUCAUAAGAUCCUUUGGAAGUUUAAGACCCUAAGGUUCUCAUACAAUAAUUGGUUCAGAGUUAAAAAUUUGGUAUUUUAAUAGUAGAUGAUCAAACAUUCAAUGUGAUUGCUUUUAAAAUGUUAUUGUAGAAUUUAAUUCCUUAGGCAGACAUAAUUGAAGCCUUUAAUGGACAAUAAGCCAUACUUAAAUUAUAAGAACAUCAGAAGAGUUUAAAUAUAAAGUAUGUAUUUAUGGAUUUGCAAAUGCCGAUUUUAAAUGGAUGGCAAGCAGCUGAAAAAAUUCGUAAAAUGAUUAAUAAUAAAGAAAUCGCUAGUAUAAAAUUGAUUGCUUUAUCAGGAUUCGAUGAUGAAUCUUAAUAGGAGAAGUGUGAGAAAUUGGGAUUCGAUGCAUUCCUAUCAAAACCAAUUAGAAUUGAAAUGAUUUCAGAAGUGUUUUAUCAACUUGAAAAGAGUUUUGAUUGA